GGAGAGAGCGGGUGGCUGGCCAGGUUGGCGUGCAACACCCUCCCCCCUCUCCUUUCCCCGGGAAAAGGAGCCCUCCAGGCGAAGGGAUUUCUUCCCGCGGGUGCCUAAAGAUGGAGCAUCUGCAGUUCAGUCUAGCGGGCCCGUUGCAACUAAUAGCGCAAAGGAACGAGAGGAGCAGCGGCGAGCUCAGCCGGUUCCUCGCCAAACAGAUUUGGAGUCAUCAGGACCGUCAGUCCAUUCUCACUGCCCUAUCACAGUUAUUACUAGAUAAAGAAUGCACACUUCUGAUUGGCCGACAGCUUCGUCCAAUCUUAUUGGAUUUAUUGGAGAGAAAUGCAGAAACAAUUAAAUCUUGUGGCCAGAUCAACCAUGAUCUUCAUGAGAGACUCUGUGUUGCAAUGAGCAAACUUAUUGGUGAUCAUCCAGAUGUGAUGCCAUUUGCUUUGAAAUACUUUAAGGACACUUCACCUGUGUUUCACCGACUUUUCCUGGAAAGUUUGGAUACAAAUGUGGUUCGAUAUGGACGGCGCAGAAUGAAGUUGAGGGAUCUCAUGGAGGCAGCCUACAAAUUUCUCCAAAAAGAUCAGUCUGUAUUCAGAGAAUUAUGGGAUUGGAGUGUUUGUUUCCCUUUACUAAGGAGCCAUGAUACUUUGGUUCGAUGGUAUACUGCCAGCUGUCUUGCUUUGGUUACAUGCAUGAAUGAUGAGCACCGAUUAUCUUUCCUGAAGAAAACUUUUAAUCCAGAAGAGUUAAUACAUUUUAGACUUAAGCUUGUGGAAGAGUCUCGGGUGCAGAACAUUGAACAGGCCUUGGUUCUGGCCAAUGCAGACCAAAACUUCUGGAACAAAGGGGAGAAGCUACGGUACACUCAGGGAGAGCUGGUUGCUGCUGACCUUUGUGCAAAGGUGGUAGCAGUGUGUGGUAUUGUCUUACCUAGACAACAGUUGGAGCCUAGAGAAAAUCAGGAAAACACCUUGAACCAUUUUGUGUUGGUGGAUUCUGUCUGUGCGCAUCUCCAGAAUCUGGCCAUGGCUGUGUCUUCACAAAAGGCAGUGCUCCUCGAAGGGCCAGUAGGAUGUGGCAAAACAUCUCUGGUAGAGUUCUUGGCAGCACUUACAGGAAGAACAAAGCCGCCUCAUAUUCUGAAAGUCCAGCUAGGAGAUCAAACAGACAGUAAGACUUUGCUGGGCAUGUAUCGUUGCACAGAUAUACCAGGACAGUUUGUGUGGCAACCGGGGACCUUGACUCAAGCAGUUCGCAGAGGGCACUGGAUACUUUUAGAAGAUAUUGAUUAUGCUGCCCUUGAUGUGAUCUCUGUAUUGAUUCCUCUUCUGGAAAAUGGAGAGUUAUUGAUUCCUGGACGUAAUGACUGCAUAAAAGUAGCCCCUGGUUUCCAUCUUUUUGCUACCAGAAGAGUCUUCAGUUAUGGCGGUGGUUGGUAUAGGCAGCAGAACAGCCAUGCUGCUCUUUUGGACAAGUACUGGACAAAAAUUAUGCUUAACAACUUGCCUAAGGCUGAACUCAAAGAGAUUCUUCAGAGACGUUAUCCUAAACUUGCCACUGUAACAGAUUGUCUGCUGGAUAUCUACAUUGAGCUUACUGGUGAUAAACAUUUAUCUGAAAACCAAAUUGUGGGCAAUGAGAAUACAAUGGAUGAUGCAUCAGGCUUGACUGCAAAUAAAAAGCCAUGUUUGGAGGGCAGAGAGUUAUCUCUAAGGGACUUACUCAAUUGGUGCAACAGAAUCGUGUUCAACUUUAACAGUUCUACUUCAUCUACUGCACUGAACAUAUUUCGUGAGGCAUUAGACUGUUUCACAGCUAUGCUGUCAAAACAAUCCAAUCGACUAAAAAUGGCUACAAUCAUUGGAAGCAAAUUGAACAUUUCCAAGCAUAAGGUGGAAUACUACUGUCAACUUCAUAAACCAGAAAUUGUAAUAGGAGAACAAGAAGUCUCUGUGGGAAGAACUCAGCUCAUUAAGAAGCAGUCACACACACUACUUACGCAACGGAAAAAGCAAAGCUUUGCACCCACACGCCCAUCUUCAGUGUUGAUUGAGCAGCUUGCAGUAUGUGUGGACAAAGGAGAGCCUCUAUUACUUGUGGGUGAAACGGGAACAGGAAAAACUUCUGCUGUUCAGUACUUGGCCCAAAUUACAGGGCACCGUUUGAAAGUUAUCAACAUGAACCAGCAGAGUGAUACUGCAGAUCUUCUAGGAGGAUAUAAGCCAGUGGAUAACAAGCUGAUAUGGCUACCCUUGAGAGAGUCUUUUGAGGAACUUUUUGCACAGACAUUUUCAAGAAAACAAAACCAGACUUUUUUAGGACAUAUCCAAACAUGUUACCGCCAGAAGCAUUGGCAUAACCUUCUCAAACUGAUGCAGCAUGUUUACAAAUCUGCUAUUAAUAAGGAGGCAAAAGAAAAUGCAUCUGGUUUGCCCCUGAAGGAAAAAUGGGAAGAAUUUGGUAUCCGAUUGGAUCAUGCUCAGCAGCAGAUGAAGAUGACAGAAAAUGCACUGGUCUUUGCAUUUGUAGAGGGCACCCUAGCACAAGCAGUGAAGAAAGGAGAAUGGAUUCUACUGGAUGAGAUUAAUUUAGCUACAGCGGAGACAUUAGAAUGUUUAAGUGGCUUACUUGAAGGGUUGUCUGGUUCAUUAGUUUUACUAGACAGAGGAGACACAGAGCCAUUGGUACGUGAUCCCAAUUUUCAUUUAUUUGCCUGUAUGAAUCCAGCUACAGAUGUUGGAAAAAGAAAUCUACCUCCAGGAAUACGAAACAGAUUUACUGAAAUCUACAUAGAAGAAUUACAGAAUGAAGAUGAUUUAUAUAUUCUUAUAAUGGAUUAUCUGAAAGGGCUAAAUGUGAGCAAAACCAUAGUUCAUGGGAUCAUCAACUUCUAUCUGACAGUGAGAAAAGAGUGUGAAUCAAAACUGGUGGAUGGGACGGGCCGUAAGCCUCAUUAUAGCCUUCGCACCUUGUGCAGAGCUUUGAAGUUUGCAUCAUCCAAUCCGUGCAUCAAUAUCCAGCGCUCGCUUUAUGAGGGCUUUUGCUUGGGUUUUCUUACUCAGCUUGAUAGAAACUCUUACCCAGUUGUUCAGCAUUUCAUAUGUCAUCAUAUUUUGUUUGGAAACACAAAAUGUCUAAAGCAGUCCUUACCAGAGCCUAAAGGAGGCAAAAUGAUAAAAAUAGAAGGAUACUGGAUUUCAGCUGGUGAUAACGAACCUACUAUUGAUGAGACUUAUAUUCUCACACCUUCAGUCAAACUUAACCUCAAAGAUAUUGUCCGAGUUGUAUCAGCUGGGACAUACCCUGUUCUGAUUCAAGGAGAUACUUCCGUUGGUAAAACCAGCUUAAUCAGAUGGUUGGCUGCUGCAAGUGGAAAUCACUGUGUUCGGAUUAAUAAUCAUGAGCAUACUGACAUUCAGGAGUAUAUAGGCUGUUACACAUCAGAUAUAUCUGGAAAGCUGAUUUUUAAGGAAGGUGUCCUCAUUGAUGCCAUGCGAAAGGGAUACUGGGUUAUCUUAGAUGAACUGAACUUGGCACCUACCGACGUUUUAGAGGCACUGAACAGAUUGUUAGAUGACAACAGAGAGCUGUUCAUUACGGAGACUCAAGAAACCAUCAAAGCUCAUCCACGAUUCAUGCUGUUUGCAACCCAGAAUCCUCCAGGCCUCUAUGGAGGCAGGAAGAUUUUAUCUAGAGCCUUCAGAAAUAGAUUUGUGGAGCUGCAUUUUGAUGAGUUACCCAGUACAGAAUUGGAAAACAUUUUGCACAAAAGAUGCCAGCUUCCACCUUCUUACUGUAGCAAAUUGAUCAAAGUCAUGCUGGAACUACAGUCUUAUCGCAGAGGUUCAUCAGUGUUUGCAGGCAAGCAUGGCUUCAUUACUCUCCGUGACCUGUUUCGCUGGGCAGAAAGGUACCGAUUAGCAGAACAGACAGUGAAAGACUAUGACUGGCUUCAGCAUUUAGCUAAUGAUGGAUUUAUGCUUUUGGCAGGAAGAGUCAGAAAGCAAGAAGAAGUGGACAUUAUUCAAACUGUCAUUGAAAAAUAUUUUAAAAGAAAAUUGGAUCCCCAGUAUCUCUUCUCAGAAGAAAGUGUGAAAAAACAGCUAGCUGCUGGGCUACCUAGAAUGGAUGAGGAAUUCAAUCACAUUGUAUGGACUCAAGGAAUGAGGAGACUUGCGGUCUUGGCAGGCCGAGCUUUGGAGUUUGGUGAACCCGUACUAUUGGUUGGAGAUACAGGGUGUGGCAAAACAACUAUUUGUCAGAUCUUUGCAGCUGUAGCAAAUCAGAAGUUGUAUUCUGUGAAUUGCCAUUUGCACAUGGAGACAUCAGACUUCCUGGGAGGACUACGGCCAGUUAGACAGCAUUCAAAGGAUAAGGAUGAAGUUGACAGUUCUAGGCUCUUCGAAUGGCACGACGGAGCUCUUGUUCUAGCAAUGAGAGAGGAUGGCUUUUUUCUCAUGGAUGAGAUUUCCUUAGCAGACGAUUCUGUGCUAGAAAGACUUAAUAGCGUCCUGGAAACUGAAAAAACACUGGUGAUCGCAGAGAAGGCUAGCGAGGACAGCGAAAUUGAGCUGCUGACCGCUGGAAAGAAAUUUCGUAUUUUAGCUACAAUGAAUCCUGGGGGCGACUUUGGGAAGAAAGAGCUAUCGCCUGCCCUGCGUAAUCGGUUUACUGAAAUAUGGUGUCCGCAAAGUAAUAGCCGUGAGGAUUUAAUGCAGAUCGUUAAGCACAAUCUUUAUCCAGGCCUCUGCCUAUCCACAAAAAAUGAAGAAGGAAUGGAUAUAGCGAAACUCAUGAUGGAUUUCAUAGAUUGGCUGAGUAAUCAAGAGUUUGGGCAUAAUUGUAUUCUCAGCAUCCGGAAUAUUUUGUCCUGGGUCAAUUUCAUGAAUGUUAUGGCACAAGACAGACUGCUUGGUGGUCCAGAGGAACACCAGUUCUUCUGCGUUUCUCCAGUGCUGACCUUCGUCCAUGCUGCAUGUCUCGUAUAUAUUGAUGGUAUUGGCUCAGGCACAAUGUCCUGUUCUUCUGGUUCGACCGCUCUGGCUCGUGAAAAAUGUCUGAAUUAUUUACGUAGAAAAAUUUCUCAAAUUGUGCGACUCAGCGAUGAUCAGAGGAUUGAACUGAGAAUGUACGAUCUGGAAAGAGAAAGGGAAAUGGCUUGGAUGGAGAGUUAUGUUGGGAUCCAUCCAUUUUAUAUACCAAGAGGCCCACUUUACCAGAAGAACAAUCUGGAGGACUAUGCUCUAAACGCAGGGACCACUUCAAUGAACGCACAGCGGUUGUUGCGAGCCCUGCAGCUAAGCAAACCUAUUCUCUUGGAAGGUUCUCCAGGGGUUGGAAAGACGAGCUUAGUGGCUGCCCUGGCCAAGGCUUCAGGAAAUUGCCUCAGUCGAAUCAAUCUCUCUGAACAAACAGAUAUAACAGAUUUGUUUGGCACAGACCUGCCUGUUGAAGGAGGCAAAGGUGGGGAAUUUGCCUGGCGUGAUGGACCAUUGCUUGCAGCACUGAAAGCAGGACACUGGAUUGUAUUAGAUGAACUGAACUUGGCUUCUCAGUCAGUGUUAGAAGGCCUGAAUGCCUGUUUUGACCACCGGGCAGAGAUUUAUGUACCUGAAUUGGGGAUGACUUUUCAUGUUCAACACAAGAUGACAAAGAUCUUCGGAUGCCAGAAUCCCUACAAGCAAGGAGGUGGCAGAAAAGGAUUACCUAAGUCAUUUUUGAACAGAUUCACACAGGUUUAUAUAGACCCACUUUCUGCAUCAGAUAUGGAAUACAUUGGGAAUACUCUUUUUCCAGCCAUUGACAGUGAAAUAAUUGAGAAGAUGGUUGAAUUCAACAACAAGAUUGAUCAAGAAAUUACAAUUGAGAAGAAAUGGGGACAUAAAGGUGCACCUUGGGAAUUUAACUUGCGUGAUCUUUUCCGAUGGUGUCAGCUAAUGCUUAAAGACCAGUCACCUGAGACUUAUGACCCUGGCAAACACAUGUUUUUGAUCUACGGAGAAAGAAUGAGAACAAAAACAGACAGAGAAAGGGUAGUGUCUCUCUUCAAGGACAUUUUUGGGGAGAAUUAUAACCCCUAUACAGGAAGUAGGCAAUUUUACAUCACACCUUAUGACAUUCAGGUUGGCUACUCAAUCCUCUCUCGCGCCAAUUAUGUCCCGCCUCCAGGCAGAAAUCUGUCACUUCUCCACCAUUCACUACAGCCUCUGGAAGCCAUCAUGAAAUGUGUACAUAUGAGCUGGAUGGUAAUCUUGGUGGGCCCAGCUGCUGCUGGCAAGACCAGCCUGCUUCAGUUACUGGCAUAUCUAACAGGCCAUGAGUUAAAAAUUAUGCCAAUGAACAGUUCUAUGGAUACUACAGAGCUAUUAGGUGGAUUUGAGCAAGUUGACAUCAUUCGGCCGUGGAAAUUCUUACUGGAAAAGGUAGAGAAUGUGGUCAGCACCCUUCUAAGAGAUAGUCUCCUCCAUACCAUGUGCCAGGAGGAUGCUGAAGGUCUCUUGCGCUCCUGGAGUAAUUUCAUUCUUAAUUUCAAACCCAAAUCUCUUGGGGAAGGGAAUCAAAAUAUAACCAUUGAAUUGGUGAAUAAAUUGGAAGGGGUGCUUGUGCUAGUCCAGAAACUCAUUACCAAGAUCAACUCAUUUUCAAAGUCAGAAUUUUCAACACUUGUGGAAGAGUUUCGUCACUUCAAGUUGCAAGUAGUUCAAUUUAUGAAUAGCCACAACCAUGGGACUUUUGAAUGGGUUGAUGGGAUGUUAGUUCAGGCUUUAGAGGCUGGAGACUGGCUUUUAAUGGACAAUGUAAACUUCUGCAGCCCUUCUGUGUUAGACCGCUUGAAUGCUCUGCUUGAACCCGAAGGAGUCCUGACCUUGAGUGAAAGAGGAGUGACAGAUGGAGUAACUCCCAGUGUUGUUCCUCACCCGAAUUUCAGACUUUUUCUUUCGAUGGAUCCCUCACACGGGGAAAUAUCGCGAGCCAUGCGGAAUCGUGGCGUUGAAGUCUAUAUUCCAGGGGAUACUCAUGAAAAUCCAUUGGAUACUCAUGAUGUGAAGCUGCUGUUGCAUGGCCUGGGGCUGUUGGGAAAUGGUAUAUGUGAAACGCUCAUAGCUGUGCACACAGAAGCCAAGGAAACUCUAGCAGGUUCCACAUAUACUCUUUCAACUCUGAUCCACGCUGCCACACUGAUUGUGCAGCGGUUGCACCGAGGACUUGGCCUAGCGAAGAGUUUCUACAACGCAUGUUGGGAGGUUUAUGCAUCUGCACAGCAGUCCCCAAAGGACAAAAAGCUUGUGCUUGAUUUGAUAAUGAAGCAUGUUUCCACAUUGGAGUCAGAUGAAACAAAGGACACUUCUCUCCUUGCCUUGGGAUUAUGGCCAGAUUCUGCCUGCAGUGCUGUGUUUGCAGCUGAAGAUUCUCUGCUGUCUACAGUUCAUAGUGAUGUGCAAGUCCUAGCCUAUUGCCUGAACAGACUGAAUCUAAAAAGCAACAGGAAAUUUCCUCUAAAUAUACGUGACUUUGAGAAAAUUCUGUGGUCUGCAAAUUCAGAUUGUCUCAAAUUUGCUGCAGUAGAGAUGAAUGAGUCGUGGGCGGAUGACUUAGAAGUUCUUUCUGCAGCUGUUAAGUUAUUCAUAGAGAAAGCCACCAAUCAGGACUGGACACUGAGAGUUGGAUGGCUUAAUCAGAUAAAAACGAAUUUAGCCGAAGUACCUGAUUCUGUGUACACUCAGCUGGAAGCAGGUGCUGCCUCUCUGAAUAACUUCUACUUCAGCCCCCUCUCAAGUGGAAUUGGCAAUGUAAUAAAGAUGCUGCAGCCAAAAAUGACCGAUGAGCAUGUGAUUCCUAUGGAUCCAAGAUGGAACAUGCAGUGCUUGGAUACGAUUAGCAAGUCCGGCGGUUGUGAUACAGAACAUUCAAACCAGCUGCUUAUCCUUCUAAACUCACUUUCAAAUCGGGCAAUCCUGUUUCUGAACCGGGAGAGAAAGAGUUAUGUUGAAAGAAGUUUGAUUAAUAUCAAAAAAACCAGAACUAGCGCUUUGAGGAUAUCUGUAGAGUUAUAUAAAGAUCCUGGCAACCACAACUCACUUCCACAUGCUAUUGUGGCCCACCUUGCUGCCUUUUUUGAACUUUGGGAUGUUUUCGUCCUGCACUGGGUGAAAUCUACACAUGUUGCUGUGUCUGAUGAGAAAUUAUAUGAAAUUCUACAUAGCUUAUUGUGGCGUGACAGGUUUUGGGCAACAUCUGAAAUGGUGGCUUUGGAUUCUCCUGGCUUGAUGCUCUUGUCUCUCCACUGGCACUGGGUUGUGAAACAUUUAAUCAGCAGAAUACCUCAGCUUCUGAGUGGAUAUGAACAGCAAAAGUUGUCCAAGGAAAUUCAGUCUGUAUCACAGCAAAUGCAGACUUCUCUUGCUAAUCCAGAGGGUAUUUCUACCAGCAUUAAAAAGUUACAGAAGGCUUUGGGAAAACCUCUUCCCUUCAAG